AUGGCAAUGGCAAAGAAAACCAUAGAAAGCUGCAAAGCUAGGUAUAACACAAAUAAUACCAACAUCAAAACACCGAAGAAGGGGGGUACGGUAUCGCCAACAACACCACCGAGGAGACAAAGCCCAACCGGCUCAAUAUCUCCAAACCUACGUACUUCCCCUGGCCACUAUGCUGGCUGCAAAUUCUCAGAGCCACCGUUGCCAUCUGCUCUGCCAUUGCCCCCCCAACACUGGAUGCAAGCACCACACACUGCUAAUAUUUUGCCGUUCUGUGCAACCAAGUCCGAACAACUUGCACAUCAGCUGAAGGUGCUCCUCAAGGUUCAGGCUUGA